AUGGCCUCCCACCAUUCCGAGCCCCUCGCCGCCGCCGCCGUCCCCCUCAGAUAUCCUAGUGAUUGUGAUAAUUACCUGCUGAUAGAUAACAACCCAGAAUUACCAUGCCCCCCUUAUCAUAUCGUUACCAAACCUGGUCAACUCCCAGUUGAGUUUCUUGAACCCUCAGCUGCCCAGAAGUUGGUAAUUGGAUUUGACUGUGAAGGUGUUGAUCUCUGUCGCAAUGGUGCUCUCUGUAUUAUGCAGCUUGCAUUCCCUGAUGCUGUUUACCUAGUUGAUGCUAUUGAGGGUGGAAAAGAACUUAUUCAAGCUUGUAAGCCCGCACUUGAGUCUGAUCAUAUCACCAAAGUUAUUCAUGAUUGUAAAAGGGACAGCGAGGCUUUGUAUUUUCAGUUUGGCAUCAAACUGCAUAAUGUGAUGGAUACACAGAUCGCUUAUUCUCUGAUACAAGAGCAGGAGCAGGAAGGAAAAAAGAAGAGAUCUGAUGAUUAUAAUUACAUAUCUUUUGUCAGCCUUCUUGCUGAUAAACGAUUCUGUGGCAUACAAUAUCCUGAAAAGGAAGAAGUCCGUACCCUUCUAAGGCAGGACCCUAACUUUUGGACAAUUAGGCCCUUGUCUGAUAUGAUGGUUCGAGCUGCCACAGAUGAUGUCCGCUUCCUUCUCAAUAUCUAUGAGAAAAUGAUGGAAAAGUUAAGCAAAGUAUCUUUAUGGCGUCUGGCAGUUCGCAGUGAGCUGUACUGUAGGUGCUUUUGCUUAAAUGACAACCAGUUUGCAGAUUGGUCACCUCUUCCUCCUGUCCCUGAUGACAUUGAAGCUGAUGUUUAUGUUCCUGAAGCUGAUAUCCUGUCAGUCUUAGAUGUGCCUUCUGGGAAAAUGGGACGAGUUAUUGGCAGAAAGGGGUCAACGAUAAUGGCUGUGAAAGAAUCUUGCAAUGUUGAAAUCCAUAUCGGUGGUGCUAAGGGGCCUCCAGACAGGGUGUUCAUCAUUGGACCAGUGAAGGAAGUCAGGAAAGCGGAGGCCAUCUUCAGAGGCCGAAUGCUGGAGUUCUAG